AUGUGCGGAAUCCUCGCAGUGUUGGGUUGCGUCGACAACUCUCAGGCCAAGCGCGCUCGCAUCAUCGAAUUGUCUCGCAGGCUGCGGCACAGAGGUCCCGAUUGGAGUGGCAUACAUUGCCAUGAUGAUUGUUACCUUGCUCAUCAAAGGCUCGCUAUUGUUGACCCUACUUCGGGGGAUCAACCUUUGUACAACGAAGACAAGACUGUUAUUGUCACUGUAAAUGGGGAGAUAUACAACCACAAGCAAUUGAGAGAGAAACUGAGUUCCCAUCAAUUUCGAACUGGUAGUGAUUGUGAAGUGAUUGCCCAUCUUUAUGAAGAAUAUGGUGAGGAAUUUGUUAACAUGCUGGAUGGGAUGUUCGCCUUUAUUCUUCUUGAUACUCGUGAUAAAAGUUUUAUUGCUGCUCGUGAUGCUAUUGGCAUUACCCCUCUUUAUUUGGGAUGGGGUCAUGAUGGAUCAACAUGGUUUGCAUCUGAAAUGAAAGCUCUGAGUGAUGAUUGUGAGAAAUUCAUGUCAUUUCCUCCAGGGCAUAUAUAUUCCAGCAAACAGGGAGGAUUAAGAAGGUGGUACAAUCCACCAUGGUUUUCAGAGGAUAUUCCAUCAACUCCGUAUGAUCCAAUACUUCUGCGUAAGACCUUCGAGAGGGCUGUAGUUAAGAGAAUGAUGACUGAUGUACCCUUUGGAGUUCUUUUGUCCGGAGGAUUGGACUCAUCACUUGUUGCUUCUGUGGUCAAUCGUCAUUUGGCAGAAUCUGAUGCAGCUCGACAAUGGGGAUCACAGUUGCAUACUUUCUGCAUCGGUUUAAAGGGCUCUCCGGACUUGAAAGCUGCAAAAGAGGUAGCAGAUUAUCUUGGUACUCGUCACCACGAACUUUAUUUCACGGUUCAGGAAGGUAUAGAUGCACUUGAAGAAGUCAUUUACCAUAUUGAAACAUAUGAUGUAACGACUAUCAGAGCAAGUACUCCAAUGUUUCUUAUGUCCAGGAAAAUUAAAGCCUUGGGAGUGAAAAUGGUUCUUUCUGGAGAAGGUUCAGAUGAAAUAUUUGGAGGUUAUCUGUAUUUUCAUAAGGCUCCUAACAAGAAAGAGUUUCAUGAAGAAACGUGUCGAAAAAUUAAAGCUCUUCAUCUUUAUGACUGCCUGAGAGCAAAUAAAUCGACUGCAGCAUGGGGUGUAGAGGCACGUGUACCAUUCUUGGAUAAAGAAUUUAUCGACGUAGCGAUGGAUAUAGAUCCGGAGUGGAAAAUGAUAAGGCGUGAUCUUGGAAGGAUAGAGAAGUGGGUAUUACGCAAUGCAUUUGAUGAUGAAAAGAAUCCAUAUUUACCAAAGCACAUAUUGUACAGGCAGAAGGAACAGUUCAGUGAUGGGGUUGGUUACAGCUGGAUUGAUGCCCUUAAGGAUCACGCUGACAAACAAGUCCCUGAUGCAACGAUGCUUGCUGCCAAAUUUAUUUACCCUGAGAACACUCCUACAACAAAAGAAGGAUACCUCUACAGGACAAUAUUUGAGAAGUUCUUUCCAAAGAAUGCUGCAAGGGCAACAGUUCCAGGAGGUCCUAGUGUGGCAUGCAGUACUGCAAAAGCUGUGGAAUGGGAUGCAGCAUGGUCCAAAAAUCUUGACCCUUCUGGUCGUGCCGCGCUUGGUGUCCAUGAAGCUUCUUAUCAGGAUGUAGAGGAUAUCAAACUUGAAGAGCCCAAAAAUGGACCCCUUUAA